AUGCGAUUGAAUGCAGACAGAAAGAACAGAAAGAAGGCGAAAUCAUCAACAUUCCAUAUCAUAUCUGAACAACAUCAUGAUUCCAUUAAGUUAUUAAACAACACCAUUAAAUUAAAUACUUGGAUAUCAAUUAAAGCAUUGGAUGCAAUUAUUAAUUUUAUUUCUAGUCUUAAAGGUUAUGGUUAUGUAACAUCGAAAUUUUCAAGAAAAGUUGGUGAAGAAGAUCAAUGA